AUGCCGGCGUCCGCCGCAGCCACCACGGGGUCGUCAGACGGCGGCCGGCCGCCCCACUAUUCGUCGGCGUCGGCGAUCGUCGGCGGGACGGUGACGGGGCACCACAUCCUCCAGAUCGACGGCUACUCCUACACCAAGGAGAAGCUCCCCAGCGGCAAGUUCAUCCAGUCCCGCUCGUUCAAGGUCGGCGAUCACCAAUGGCGGCUCAGCUACUUCCCCAAUGUCAAGGGCUCUGACUACGCCGACUACAUCUCCGUCUACUUGUGUCUCGUCGAGGGCCAGCCGGUGAAGGCGCGAGCCACGUUCAGCUUGCUCGACCGGGCGGGGCAGCCGGCGCCGGCGUCGGCGUCGUACUACACGCGUGACAUGCCAAUGGGCCGCUUCGCCGUCAGCGACAUCGGCUUCGGCUACCAUCAAUUCAUCAAGAGGGAGCUCCUCGAGAAGUCCGGGCAUGUCAGGGACGACGGCUUCGCGAUCCGGUGCGACGUCACCGUCGUCACGGAGCUCCGCACGGAGGACCGGACGCCGCCGUUGGUCGAGGUGCCGCCGCCCGACCUGCGCCGGCACCUCGGCGGCCUCCUCGAGUCCGGGGACGGCGCCGACGUCACGUUCCACGUCGCCGGCGAGGAGGUGCGCGCGCACAGGUACAUUCUCGCGGCGCGGUCGCCGGUGUUCAAGGCGGAGCUCUUCGGCCAGAUGAAGGAGAGCAGCAGCAGCAACACAGUGGUGAACGUGGACGACAUGGAGGCGGAGGUGUUCAGGGCCCUCCUCGUCUUCAUCUACACCAACGCGCUGCCGGAGACGAAGACGAAGGCGAAUCAAGAGGACGAGCUGGUGAUCGCGCAGCACCUGCUCGUCGCGGCGGACAGGUACGGCAUGGAGAGGCUCAAGCUGCUCUGCGAGGAGAAGCUGGUCGAGUACAUCGACCGGGGCUCGGCGGUGAUGCUGAUGGCGUUGGCGGAGCAGCACCAUUGCCAUGGGCUCAAGGAGGUGUGCUUCCGGUUCCUCGAGUCGAAGGAGACGCUGAGCGCGGUGAUGGCGACUGACGGCUUCCUGCAUCUGAUGCAGAGCUGCCCGUCUCUUGUCAAGGAGCUGCUUUUCAGGGUUGUUGACCACUCUCUGGAGAUAACACAUGUUGUACGCUUGUGA